AUGACAGAAUCUUUGGCUGACAAUUCAUUUCCAGCUACAUUUGAUGUAGAGUCAACAAUAAAUGUGAAAGCCAUACUUUUUGCUUUUACCACAGUUUUUGUUGCUGUCAUUUUGUUGGGUGGUGUAAAUACAAUUCUUAGUGAGAUGCCUGCACAAGAUACUUAUUCUGUUGUUAUUGAUGCAGGAAGCACAGGGUCUAGAGUUUCUGUCUUCCAUUUCAGAACAAAAAACACAGCUAUCUCUAAGGUAGUUUUGGAGGAAGAAGUCUUUCAGUCUGUUGAACCAGGAAUUUCAUGUUAUGCAAAUAAUCCAAUUAAGGCAGUGGAGACUCUUCACCCUUUGUUGCACAGAGCUAUAGAGCGUGUUCCAAGACAGUACCAGCCUUCAACACUUAUUACUUUCAAAGCAACUGCAGGUCUCCGACUGUUACCUAGGAAAGCUUCAGAAAAGAUCAUAAAUGUGGUCAGAGAACUGUUACAGUCUACACCAUUCUAUUUGCCUGAUCCUAGCAAAGUUGAGAUAAUGAGUGGUGAAAAUGAGGGAUUGUUUGCUUGGAUCACUGUGAAUUUUUUGUUACAUUUGUUGUGGAAAUCACACGAUGAGAGUACAGUGACCAUUUUUGAUCUUGGCGGUGGAUCUGUACAGGCUGCAUUUGAGAUCUUAGAAAUGAGUGGAUUACCUGACUUCCUUGCCAGAGAUGUUAUUAAAAUGUUGUUGCUGAAAUCAAAAUUCAACAUUUUUACCAAAAG